UGCAAUAGAUGGAACCCGCGAUUGCAUCGACUGUCGACGGUGGAGAGACAUGCGCCAUGGAGACGGAGGAUAUUCUGAAGGGUUUUGCAGAUGGCAGCAAAGAAGGGAAUUCGGCAGGAGGGAACAACGCAGACUGUGCAGAGGUGCUUGAGACAAUAUGUGCACAGACUGCAGAGAUGAUGGGUGAUGGUGAUGAAACAGAGAAUGAUGCAGGAGGAGCACUUGUGAGACGAAAACGACUAUUAAGGUUGAACGAUGGGGCAACAACAGAGGUGAAAGCACGAUAUGCAAUGGACGUGUGGCGUGUUCUGGAGGCGCAUGGCGAGUUCAGGAUGAACGAUUUUUUGUACGACAGUUUUGAUUGCGGAAAGGCAUGGGUGAUUGGCGGGAACGACGCAACAGGGAGUACGGCGUGCGACGAAAGCGAUGCGAAGAGGGAUCCUAGGUGGGGUUGGGUGCCAUGUGUGAUCCCGAUUCCAUGUGGCCGUGUGAGGAUGAUGAUGCGUGAUGUCAUGAGAAAUGUCUGGAGCACGCAUUAUGUGAAUGACAACUUCUCCUUCAGGCACCGCAACAGAGAGGUCUUAGAAGACGAGAAGAAGGCAACGGCAUGUAAUACCCACAUUGCUGGCUGCUUUUUCCCGCCGCUUCGGAACCCUGUAGACUCGGAGGUGGUUGAAGGGAAAAUUUUCACUGGUGAAGAUGGCAGCACAUACACGCAUGCAAGAGGGCAGGAAGCCACGUACGAUGGAGUAUGCUCGCAGAUAUGGGACCAUGUCACAAUGAGGAGUGAUAUUCUGUCUGUCAUGGACAUUGGAGCCCGUGUCAUCCCUGAAGGAAAGUUGCAUCAGCAUAUGGCCCCUGAAAAGUAUGGCUAUCGUGUCAAUUGGGUCCCAGGAUGUUUGCAUCCUGCAGUGGUUGAUGGCAAGGUGACGAUGGCAGCAAGACUGCAAUCAGGGCAUUGGCUCCCAUUGGGAUGGAUGCAUGCAGACAUUGUGGAGCAUUGGCAGUUUCUCGUGGUUCUGGCACGUGUCUCAAUUUUCAAUGUGAAUGUAAAGGACCAUGUCCUGGUGGUUGAACACGCAAAGUGGUGCUGGGAGAAGAUAAGGGAGGAGGAGCGUCAGAUGGUGUGCGCGGGUUAUGACUCCAUGGCUGACUAGGGGAUGUGGUCCAUGGUUGAGGGGAGUUGUACGGCCCAAGAGCACGGCGACGGUGAGAACAAAUACAUGGCUCGCAU